UGAAAAGAGAACUGUCCUUCUCUCCUGUCAUUAAAGAUUCAAAGAUUCAAGAGCGGAAAGGAGGAUAAGUUAGGGUUUAUCUGAUCAUCAUCUUGAGGAUUCACUUAACACUCCCUCAAUCACCUCUCUUUUAGAGACUACGAUAUGAGUAGUAAUACCGUAGAUAAGGAGAAUGAAGAACCUGCACAAGACCUGCCACUUUCUUCUAAUCAUGAAGGAGAGAAUUCCAUCCAUCCACAUGUUGAAGCUUCUGGCCCUCUGCCCGUUGCCCUGGAAGCUAGUAACCCUACUCCCCCUGAUCCUGUAACUGGCAUAAACACAGCUACUGAUGCCAACAACUUCGAAACAGAGUCCACUUCCCAUGAAGAAUUGCCGGCCUCUGUUACUUUAGGGGCCACUGUAGGUUCAGAAAAGCCUGAUAUUCAACUGCCUCCUGCUGAUGUCAAAGCUGACUCCAAUGAAGUGCCUGGCAUUAAAACCCAAGAUCAAGCCAAUGACGUUCUUGAUACUAAAGCACAGGAUCAAGCCAAUGAAGUUCCUGAUACUAAACCCCAAGAUCAAGCCAAUGAAGUUCCUGGUGCUAAAACCCAAGAUCAAGCCAAUGAAGUUCCUGAUAUUAAAACCCUAGCUCAAGCCAAUGAAGUUCCUGAUGCUAAAACCGAAGUUGAAACCAAUGAAGUUCCUGUUACUAUAACCCUAGCUGAAACCAAUGAAAUUCCUGUUACUAUAACCCUUGCUGAAAGCAAUGAAGUUCCUGGUACUAAAACCCAAGCCAAAACUGAUGAAAUUCCUGGUACUAUCAACGCUAUUUCCACUAAUUCUGAACCCACUAACAACACCAUUCCCACUAGUUCUGAGCCACCUAACAACACCAUUUCCACUAAUUCCGAACUCCCUAUCAACACUGUUUCCUCAGAUUCAGAAACCCCUGCAAAUCCCGAGGCUGAACCUUCUUCCCAAGCACUGCAAACUAAAUUUGAACCUGCUACUCCUAAGCCUGAUGUGGCUUCUGCUGACAUAAAAGCUGAUAAUGCAAAUAGCACAGAACUCAAAGAUGAAGUCAAGAAAAUAGAGUUGUCUACACCCACAAUAAACGAGAACUCCGACUCAAGGCAUUCAUUUCUUUUAGAUGAAAAUUAUGAGGGUAGUGAAUCAGGGACUGAGGAGGAGCAAUCUGCAUUCAUAAAGGAACUUGAAAAUUUUUUUAGGGAGAGGAGCAUGGAAUUUAAGCCUCCUAAGUUCUAUGGAGAGGGAUUGAAUUGUCUGAAGUUGUGGAGAGCUGUGACUAGAUUGGGUGGCUACGACAAGGUUACUUCAUGUAAAUUAUGGCGGCAAGUGGGAGAGUCCUUCAAACCCCCAAAGACAUGUACAACAGUUUCAUGGACAUUUCGAGGUUUCUAUGAGAAGGCACUUCUUGAUUAUGAGAGGCACAAGACAUGUGGUGGUGAGCUUAGUUUCACUGUAGCUUCUCAAUCAGAGCCUAUGAAUAUUGAUAGUCAGGCUUCGGGAUCUGGCAGAGCAAGGAGGGAUGCUGCUGCACGUGCAAUGCAGGGAUGGCACUCACAACGUGUUCUUGGUAAUGGUGAAGUCAGUGACCCUAUAAUUAAGGAUAAAACCUCUAUGUCCAUGCAAAAGCGUGAAAAGCAGCUUGGUUUACUUAAACGCAAGAAACCAUCUUACAUUGAACAACCUGUCAAAGCCGCACGCACCAAAGCAUCUAAACCACAAUUGGACAUAGCAAUAGUUGAUAUUGGACAGCCAGCUGAUUGGGUGAAAAUCAAUGUACAGAAGACUAAAGAUUGUUUUGAGGUCUAUGCAUUAGUACCAGGGCUUCUCCGUGAGGAGGUGCGUGUUCAAUCAGAUCCUGCUGGACGGCUGGUUAUAAGUGGUGAACCUGAGCAUCCCAAUAACCCUUGGGGUGUCACGCCCUUCAAAAAGGUUGUGAGCUUACCUGGAAGAAUUGACCCUCAUCAAACAUCAGCUGUUGUGACACUGCACGGACAAUUGUUUGUUCGUGUCCCAUUUGAGCCCUCUGACUAGUAGUUUGGUUUGAUAUGUGGAAGAAAGGGCAUGAAGCUUUUUAGCAGAAUCCUUAACCCUCAGCAAUUGUCGAAAUUUU